UUCUCUGACUUUACUCGUAGAGAUUGGUGUACUGGAAACGAGAAAUUGAGAGAACAUGAAGACAGUUGUUGUUGCCCUUCUAGUGUUGUUGGUUAUCAGCCAGGGGGAAUCUUUGAAGUGUAAGUGUGGAGGCCCAGCACGUCCCUGUCAGAGCCCUGUGGAGACCUGCCCUGCUUCGCAGCCGUUUUGCGGCAAUGUAAUCAUUCCUUCUGCAGCACCUGGCUACUUCUACCAAGGUUGCAUGGAACCAAGGGAGUGCAGAGGGCUCGAUAAUCCAGGCAUUUCAACUACCACCUGCUGCACCACCGAUCUGUGCAAUGCAUUCGAUGGUAUAAGGUCAACAGUCUGAAAAAUCUUCUCCUCAAAAUAAACAUCAAAUAAACUUCAGUCACUUGCAACUUU